AUGAUCUCACUGCCUCAACGGGUUGGCACGCCGCAGCCGUCGCAGCUCCAUGCUGCACUCCCCGAUAUUAUGGAUCCCGAGACAGCGGCGAACGUACCCAUCCGCACGGUUUGCUGCAUUGGCGCCGGCUACGUUGGUGGCCCGACAGCAGCGGUUCUUGCUCUGCACAACCCUCACGUGCGCGUGGUAGUCGUGGACCGGGAUCAGAAGCGCAUAGAUGCAUGGAAAGGCCGGCAUCUGCCCAUUCACGAGCCUGGACUUGGCGACGUCGUGAGAGCGGCGAGAGAUGGCACGAGUGACAUUGAAGCGGGCACGGAGGCGGCGCGACAACCCAAUCUCUUCUUUUCGACUGCGUGCAUAGAAACGAUUAAGGAGGCGGACAUCUGUCUGAUCAGUGUCAACACACCAACCAAGUUACGGGGUGUUGGCGCUGGUCGCGCGACCGACAUGGCUGCCUUCGAGGGUGCGUGUCGCGACGUUGCCAUGUAUGCGAAACCAGGCUGCAUAUUGGUUGAGAAGAGUACCGUGCCUUGCAAGACAGGGCAGCUGAUCAAGGAUAUUAUGGAGGCGCACCGCCCUGGCGUCGUCUUCCCAGUCCUGUCCAAUCCGGAAUUUCUAUCAGAAGGUACGGCUGUGCGCGACCUCAUGCAGCCUGAUCGCGUGGUCAUUGGCUCCGAGUCUACAAUCUCUGGCCACCGCGCUGCGGCUGCGCUCGCGAAUCUGUACGCUGCUUGGGUUCCGCGGUCAAGGAUCGCUCCGAUCAACAUCUGGUCUUCCGAACUGUGCAAGCUUGCCGCCAACGCAAUGCUCGCACAGCGCAUCAGCAGCAUCAACUCCAUUUCCGCCAUUUGCGAGAAGACGGGUGCAGACGUCGGCGAGAUCGCAAAGUCCGUUGGCAUGGACCCAAGGAUAGGGCCGCAGUUCUUGAAGGCUGGCCUCGGCUUUGGUGGUUCCUGCUUCCGGAAAGAUAUCGCUUCGCUGACAUAUCUCUCGGAGUCUUUGGGUUUGCCAGAGGUGGCGGCAUACUGGCAGCAAGUUCUAACAAUGAACAACUUCCAGCGGGACAGGUUUGCGCGCCAUGUCAUCGCAACGCUUAACAACUCGUUGCGCGGCAAGAAGGUGACCAUCCUGGGCUAUGCCUUCAAGAAGAACACAGGCGAUGCGCGCGAGUCGCCAGCGCUUGACGUCAUCCGCAUACUACUCGAAGAAGGCCCAAAGAGCAUCGCCAUCUUCGACCCGCUAUGUAGCGAGGCAGACAUCAAGCAUGAACUCAGCGUGCUCGAAAAGGACUUCGCUGUGUGCAAGCCAGACGGGCCAGUGGAAGUGCUCCAGGACCCGUACACGGCAUGCGCCGACAGCAACGCAGUCCUUGUGCUUACCGACUGGGACAUGUUUAAGAACACGAAGCCCGCACCAGCACCUACAAAGCCUACACUUGCGGAAAGCUACGAUGGAGCAACACCCACCGGCGUCCUGCAUAUCACACCAAAGCUCGAGCAAACAAACCUGAACAGCAAACCUCCAACCCCACCACGGACACCUAAGAUUUCACCUUUACCCGCCGACAUCGCCUGCCGGUUAAUACCAGAACCAAGCUGCCCUAUCGAUUGUACGGAGUGCGAAAGCUCCGUGACUUCCGGCAAACCGUUCGAGAAAGACAUCACUACUCCCCUCCACUGGAACGAUAUUUCCAAGAUCGUAAAAGAGCCAAGGUGGAUCUUCGACGGUCGAAAUAUUCUCGACCCUCGCGCCAUGGUCGGCAUGGGCUUCAGACUAGAGACACUGGGACGGGCGAGCAUGUACUAA